AUGUCUAUCGCGGGCGGCAGAAGGGUGCUUGGGCCGCUCAGCUGCUUGAUCAUCAUUGCAUUCUUCGCACUUGCAGCUCGAUGCCAACAGGUUGAACCGACACAGAAGCCGAUCGUGCAGGUAUCGAGCACAGGAACCCCAAUCAACGGGAUCCCGAUCACACAGAAGCCGACAGCACCGGAACCGAUCGAAUCGAUUGGCCCAAAACGCCACUCAGAUCUUCCCGUAUUGGGCUAUGUGACGCCGUGGAACUCGCGCGGCAAGCAGCUGGUGGAAGACUACCGACAGAAGUUCGACCUCGUCAGCCCCGUCUGGUACACUGUCCACGCCGAUGAGGCCAAGGUCAAUGAGGUGUAUUCCGUCAGGGGCGGCCCGCCGGCUAAGGAGGAUGAAGAUUGGUACCAGAGGCUUCAGAAGCCCAAGCCGUCCUCGGACGCGGCGAAGCCGCUCCAAAUCGUGCCUCGCUUCAUCUUGGACGGUUGGGACCAGGACAACUUCCAGAACCUGAUCUUCAACGAGACGAGGUGGCAGCUGCUCUCAGAAGCCAUUAUGGAUGUUGUGGUCGAGAAGUCUUUCGACGGUGUGGUGUUCGAGUCUGGUGCAUCCUACGCUCUUGGACCACCUCUGACGAAAUUGUCCGAGUUAUUGCACAACAAAGACAAGUUGUUGAUACUUGUGAUGCCACCUGUUCGAGCGCCUGGCGAUGGCAUGACUGACGCUCACAACUCGAUGAUCCUCCAACCUCUUGCGGGACUCUCUCACUAUGUUGAUUACUUCAGCAUCAUGACAUACGACAUGAGUGGCCCCGGCGGUCAAGAGCUCCAAAAUAAAGCCGGCUUCCCAGACGGCAGCUCGAUCAGUCGGGCCAUUGCGCAAGGGCAAGCUCGUGAGCCCGGCCCGAACACGAGUGCGGACUGGGUCAAGGACAACCUCAAGGCAUUUAUUGAGGCGUCUCAAGCCGGCGCCAUGGACCCAUCGCAGUCACCGGCACAGUCCCGGUGGGCUUCCCGGAAGUUCCUCAUGGGCAUGCCUCUGUACGGCUACAAAUACCCUGUGCUGUUUGUUGAUAAGAAGACGGGUGACUUCGUCAAACGGCCGUCUGAAGAUACGGAUUCUGGGGCAGUCAUACCUGUUCUAAAAGGUGCUGGGGAACCUGUCAUCAUGACCGAGAUCUUGGAAAUGAUCAAGGAGAAGAAAGCGCAAGUACUUAAGUCGGAAGCAGACGGCGAAUACUUCUUCGACUAUGAGAAACGGCCCGGAACCGGGUAUUGGAGAGUGUUUCUGCCUACGACCGAGGGAAUCUCUCACGUCUUUGACACGAUAAAGGAUGUUGUUGACGACGACCUUGAAUAUGCCUUCGGAGGAGCCGGCGUUGCCCUGUGGGAAGUUGGGCAGAGCUCAAAUGGCCUCCUGGCUUCGAUAUGA